AUGACUACAAAUCCUGGUCUUCAAUCAAUAUCGGAUCUGACUGCUUCUACUCGUUUAACAACGGGUGAUACACCACCGCCUCUUGUAGGUUCCUCAACAACUGUAAUUGGGACUCAUCUCUAUUUAUUCGCUGGUCGUCUUGUAUCUUCGCGACGUAUGACCAAUGAAUUAUAUGUAUUGGAUUUGAAUACUUUUGUAUGGACUAAAAUUCAGGAUAAUGACCAACGAACUCCUAAAGCAAGAUACUUUCAUUCAGCAAAUCAAUAUAAAAAUUCUAUUCUCGUUUUUGGUGGGAUGGGUUAUUCAAGAACUUCAAAUGAUGGUUUAUGCGUUUUAGACGAUGUUUCCAUUUUUGAUCUAGAAACUUAUACUUGGAAACAUCCUGAAAUUAUAUCAUCUAAUUUUUCCCCUCGACCUCGAUAUGCUCAUUUGGCAUCUGUGACUGCAAAUAAAUUGGUAGUGGUGGGUGGUCAAGACAUGUCCAACUUUUAUAUUGAAGAAAUAAAUGUGUUGGAUUUGGAAGAAAUGACUUGGACUUCAUCACGACCAUUUGAGAAACAUUGUGGUGCAUAUCGAUCGGUCGCUGUUAGUAGUUUUAAUCAUACAAGUUUACCUCUUAUUGGUAUUAACAAUAAUGAUACCGUUCCACUUUCAUCCUCUGAUGAUUCUUCAUCUCAAAUAUCUCAAGAAACAAAUUUAUCAUCUUCAUCAUCAACACUUCGAAAAUCAAAUUCUACACAAAAUCUAUCUAUAGAUCCUAAUUCUCCAACUCCUAAUAAUUCAAAUUCUAUACGAAAACUUCCUUCAGUUGGUGCUUUCGGUCGUCAAGGUUCUCUAAAAAAAUCCCCUUCUGGACAAAAUUUUCAUACGCAUUCAAUAAAACGAUUGCAAUCUUCUGGAGAUAUAGUUAAUCGUCUUCUUUAUACGACUAAGGUUACUGAAGAAAAUCCAAAUCCAAUAUAUUUAUAUUCCAAUUAUAAUUUUACUGAUGUUAAGCGUGAACUUCAAGUAAUAGCACCUCCGACAUCAACAAAUUAUCAAAUUAUGGAUCAUUCAGGAAACAUGACAGGUGCUACCUUACCUCCCGGUCUUCGAUUUCCAACUGGUGCAAUCCUUGGUCAUUAUCUUAUUAUUUCUGGAACUUUCCUCACAAACACUAAUCAAACAUUUAGUAUAUGGGCGUUAAACCUUGCAAAUUUAGUUUGGCUUCGUAUUGAUACAGGAUCAUGUUUUCAGCAAGGUUCUUGGAAUCGUGGGGUUCUUUGCGAAGUACUUAACAAAUAUUUUGUAUUAGGUCAUCGUGAUAGAUCGCUUGUAGAAGAUUAUAAUCAUCGACAAACCAAUUUUGAUCAUGUAACUGUAGUUGAUUUGGAAGCGUUUGGAAUUUAUCAACCACCCUCUGCCACAAUGUCACCAAUAGCUCAGGAAUUAGGGUUAUCGAUGAUGAAGGAUUUAAAUAUUACAGAUUUUGAAAUUGUAACAUCAGAUAAGGAGCGAAUACCUGUUAAUUCGCAACUGUUAUCACAUAGGUGGCCACAUUUUAAAGCAUUAGUUGAUCAACAAGCAGAAAGAGCUCCUAGAUUAAAGUACGACGGAGAAACACAACAUGAUCCCGAAGAUGAUGAACCAAUAUUAAUGUAUCAUCAUCGUGCACUUGAAUUCCCUGAACCUUAUCCUGUUACAAUAGCAUUUUUACAGUAUUUAUAUACAGAUCAUCUUCUUACACCUCAACAAUAUCAACCACAAGUUUUGGCACAAUUAUUACUUCUUGCUGAUAUGUAUGAUCUCAGUCGUUUACGACAAUUAGCAUCUCACGCACUUCAUCAAUCUCUCAAUAUGACGACUGCUGCCUUGAUAUAUGAAACAGCUGCUUUAUCACGACAAACAGGUUUACAAAUUCGUGCACUUAAAGUUAUGAUUGCAGCAAAGAAAAUGUUACAACAAAAUAAGGAACAAUUAUCAUCUCGAGGUGUUUCAUCCAUUAAUGGGGCAAUAAAGGCACAUCGAGAGUCUAUAUUAGAACAAGAGAUGUCCUCACCUUCAAAUUGGGCGCCAACGUCUAGUAAUCCAGCAAGUCCACCAAAUUUAUCGAUGCAUUCAGAUUCGAGAACUUCUUAUUUUGAUCCAUUUCCACCGACAGUAAAUUCUUCAUCUCAAUCAGGGCCCGUUCAUACUACACGAUCACGUUCAUCAUCAUCUGUAUCAGCGUAUACAAUAUCGAAUCGUGGACAUUUACCUACCAUACAAGAUAAUGCAACAUCAGUUAAUAAUUUACCAUAUCAACAACGCUUACGAUCCUCACAAUCAAGUAGUUCAUUAAAUUUAAGACCCAGGAAUUUCAUGGGAAAUAAUAAUAAUGUACAAGUUCACCAACAAUCAAUUACAGCAGACAAUCGUUCAUAUCAACCGGGUGCUGGAUUUGGAUAUGUGAACUAA